CCCCCGCGAGUUUCCCCGCCAGCCCCGUUCUCCCCGCCCGCGCCGCCGCACCUUCUGCUCCGGAGCCCCCGGCCUCGCAGACGCCGCUGCAGGGCAGAGGCCUUCAGGCCAGGGCAGCAGAUGGGCAGGAGGGAAGCCCUGAUUUCUCCUCUUCCCCGAAGUCAACAGCAGGAGCAUGUCCAGCGACCCUCCUCCACCCUACCCCGGGGGGCCAUCCGCCCCCCUCCUGGAAGAGAAGGAUAGGCUCCCCUUCCCCGCAGGUUGGAGCCCUCCAUCCACGGGGCAGCCCCCUUCCGAUGUUGGUCCCCCACCCUAUGAAGCAAUGCCUCCCCCCCAGCCGGGCGAGAGCUCGAUGGCCUACUCCCCCCCUGGCGGCUACUAUGGGCCUCCAGGGCCCCACGCCCCCACGGACUACUACCUUCCCCCUGGCCCCUAUGCCCCUGCUGGAGGGCAAACGGCAACUGUGCUAGUGCCCUUGGGCACCGCAACCACAGUGACGGUCCUGCAGGGUGAGAUAUUCCAGGCUGCCCCUGUCCCGACCGUGUGUCCGCACUGCCAGCAGGCCAUCACCACCAAGACCAGCCAUGAAAUCGGCCUCAUGAACUUCCUCCUGGGCUUCUUCUGCUGCUUCAUCGGGUGCAGCCUGGGCUGCUGCCUCAUCCCCUGCCUGCUUGACGAAUUUAAGGACGUGACCCACACCUGUCCCAACUGCAAGGCCUACAUCUACACCUACAGGCACAUGUGCUAGCAGGUCCUUCUCGGCUGAAGAGCUCUGCCGCUGCUGCCUCCGGGUUUGCCUUUCCCCUCCGCUUUCGUGCUUCUCUGCUCUCCUCCUUCCUUCGCCCACAAGCACUGGGGGGGGGGGGCUGUGCUGCCCCCCCCCAAAGGCUGCAGGGGGGGGGAUCUGUGGGCUGGCUCCUGGGGGGAGGGGGCAAUGUGAAGGGGAAGCUGAGCCAGCCGGGUGGCUCUCCUCCCCCAAGGCAAGGGGCUGCUGGUGCUUGGCUGGGAGAAUGAGGGCCCCACCUGCAGUGAGGCCUUGGCACUGAUCCGAGAAGGAGCCGUCCGUAGGUGCUCUUGGCCUUUUUUUUUUUACAUUUUAUUUUCUUAAUUAAAGAGCUUACAUAGCAAAAGCACGAACACAUUAAAGUCAGAGAGAGAUAGCAUAGAAGUACAAAGUAAGGAAAAGAUAACUAGGACAAAGGAAAGGAAGAAAAAUAGGUAAAGUGGCUUCCCGUUUUCAUCACAAGUAAAAGCCAGUUUCCUAUUGCCCCCUACAAAGUUACAAAUAUGUUUUUCUUCCCAUCUCUUCCAUACAUAAAAUCAUGAACCAUCAGCUUUUCAGUCCUGGUUUUAGCAAAAGAUCCACAAAGUCCAUAAACGAGAGGUUUAUAAAAAUGUGCCUUGAUUUAACCUUGAUCAAGCAAAGCAACCGUAUAUUCCUUUAUUUUACUUCUAACAAUCUCGAUCUUCAAUUCAUUCCGAUGCAGCAGCAGCGUUUUUCUGUUGGUGCUUUGAGGCUUUAACAGGCCCAGUGGAAAGCCAUUGUCCAAGUCAUUGUCUUGGCUUUCCUUUUGCAUUUGCCCUUUGAUUUGCUAAGCCUUAACCUAUUAUUUAUCCACUGAAAAGUCCUCAUCAGGGUCCUUCUCUUGGCUCUUGUCAUCCACGCUUGUUCCUCUCAAUUUUAUUUCCAGUUUGAGUGCUUUGUCUAUUUUGUAAUCCAUACCUUUUUCUACCCAAUAUUUCUGAUUCCACUACUUCUGCAUCAAGUAAAAUUUGUUGCACUUCUGUCGUUCCUUCAUCUUCUCUAGAGUGUCUAUCCAGAUAAACGGAGAUUGCUACCGAUACUGUUAAUACUGAUUUCGGGCCCUAUUCUUCAGAAAUCUUUAAUUUAAAUGUUAAUGGUAUAAUUUUGUAAAUCCUAGAGACAAGCUGGAGUUAUUGUUUUUUGAGGGGGCUGGAUUUUAGUCCCAUCUAUAAUUUAAUCACAGGGCCUAUCAUCUAUGUUAGCCAAAAUAAUUCUGGUUCUUACAAAAAGCUAUUUAUAUUAUAUAGUUAAUUUUAUGGUAGAACUUUCAAUAUUCCAAUUUCUGGAGUCUUAAUUUGUUUAUAACUAUUUCAAAAUCUUGUUUGGCUUUUUGCCUUUCAUUUUGAUUUUUUUAAAGUUCCGAAACUUACGUUUUUUCUUUUGUUCACGAUAAACAUUUAUUCAGUUUGUGACAUUUCAAACGUGUCCCUCUGAAGACUGUCAGCAUUAAGAUGUUCAAAUGAACGAUUUCCAAAAGUGCUUAGAAGGGAUGUUAAUGAACUUCGUGUCCUUUAAAAAGCGUAGCCCAAUCCCUUUGUCUCCUGGAACUGGGAUCCAUACUAGGCCAGUCCCACAGAGUCCCCUCACAAGGAGCAACUACCCGGAGCCCACGUGGGCAAUCCCUCGUCCUCUCUUUAACUCUGGAGGAGUUCCGAAGAUCCAGUCUACUACUCUCCUCUCCUGUGGUCUGUCUCUGCUCUCUGCCAAGCUCCCCCCCCCCCCAGAAGUCCAGAGCUGUUGGCUCUUCUGCGUGUUCCAGGCGUUGCUGAGGCCCACCUACCUUUCUAUCCAAGGGAAAGCUGGAAGGCUUCAUUCUGUGUUGGUGGUUCCCGCUUCUAUGGCUGCUCCUUGAACUUUUGGAGAGGCGGUUUGACUUUUUGAUUUUGCACAGCUCUGCGUGCUUUCUAGAGUAUGGCCAGGCACCGGAAGCCAGUCUGCCUCUUGCCUGGCAGAACGAAGAAGCAGCGGCAGAGUUGCUCAGAGACCUCAUUCAGGAGAAGGAAGAGGCCCAGUCAAAGUGUAGGGCACCCCACAGGCAAGCAGCGAGAGCCGCCUUCCCAGCAUCCCUCGUUUUGUCUGAGACAUCCCUCUCAACUAGGGUGGGCAAUGGCACCGUCCGUCUUAGCUGGACCUGGAUCCCGUUUGCCCAGGUGUGCAGGAGGCCCAGAGCCAGCCCCCCCCCCCCCCCCCGCGCGCAGAUAUUCCCCCGAGCCAUCCCUGAGCCGAGAAAACGUGCCUGUCCCAGGUUCCCUUUGUGAUCGCUUGUUGUUUCAGGUACUAAACUUAAUAACUACUUUAUGGAAAUGUGAAAACCCCAUAGACACACAUGCACAUGCCAUUUUGCACUAGUUUUGCUAAAAAGCCCUUGUCUGACCCCAAGGAACCGGGGGCCCAGGAGCUCCUGAGGUUUGUGAUGGGAUAGCAGGUGUCUGGUCCGAGUCCUUGGUUCCGUUUUCCAGAGCCUGAGCUACCUUGCCUCAAGCACUUGUGCCCCCGUGUGUGGUGUUGCCCAGGCACCUGUUCGCCCAAAGGCUGCCCACGGAGGCUGCAGAGCACAGAUGGGCCUGGCCUGGCCUUGAGGGCUCUCUGAAGCACUUGGAAUCAGCAGGGAAUUCUCAUCCCGUUCUUCUUAGAGGGGAGUCACCUGUCAAAGCUCUUCCAUGUUUGUAAUCAAAUAAAAAGACUGACCCUCA